AUGAGUAUCCUAAGUAGUAUCCGGCAACUGCUGCCAAGUGCGAACUGGCUGUUGGGCACACCCGAGCCAACUGGCCCUUUCACACCAACUUACGCUGACGUCUGCCGCGCCCGCGCCCUCCUCAAGUCACUGAAACUCCCCACCGAACUAGUACUCAGCAUACUAGAGUACGCGCAGUAUUGGCCCACCACAGUGUUUCUUCGAGAUGGGCGCCCCAUCCAUGUCGGCGCCAGCGGCAACAGGCCAUCUGCAGCAGCCCUCUGUCUUCAAGCCGACAUCUACGGUCCCGCCGUUGUAGAAGAAAUCCGCCUUGGUGGCGAAACUGCAAAAGUUAAGCGCAUAGAAUUCGACAUGACGAGCAGGGACCAGGGAUGGACGAGCGAAAAUACACAGGGUACCUUCUCGACGUCUUCGUGGCUUGAAGUAUCUAUCCUGCGCGAUGCAUCAAACAUCAAUUCUCGUCUCCCUACUCCGCGGUUGGUGAAUACUUGGAUUGGUAGUCCGAUGGAUUAUCAUACUAAUAUGGUGGGUCGAGGUUGGUCGCUUGUUAAGAGGCCCGAGAGUGCGCUGCAGGGUCCGCAGGGUGGUGAGGGAGAUUAUGCGUGGUAUUUGCAGGGCAAUCGUGUUAUGGCUGGCGCUCAGGAUUAUCAUGUUGUUUGGGAUGAAUGCGGUCUGUGUGGAACGAAUGAAGGGAAUGAAGGCGCAGGUAGUGGGGAAGGCUUUCUGGAUGCGUUGAGACCGGGAGAUCGUGUGUUGGUGUGGGCGAGGGCUAAGUACCCAGGGUGGCAGUGCAUCGUCGAUAACGUCAACAUCACUGUUCAUUAUGGGUUUUGA